CUUUGAUGAAUCCAGAUGAUUCACUUUGAUAAAUGUUGUGUUUUCUGUUGUGCAGAGAGUCCAGACUACAAGCAGCGGGUUCAGUCCAUUAAAGACCUGGUCCGACAGCUUCCCGUCUGCAACCACGACACCAUGCAGACUCUCUUCAAGCACCUCAGGAAGGUGAUCGAGCACGGCGAGGAGAACCGUAUGACCACUCAGAGCGUGGCCAUCGUGUACGGCCCCACGCUGUUGCGCCCCGAACAGGAGACGUGGAACAUCGCGGUCCACAUGGUGUACCAGAACCAGAUCGUGGAGCUCAUACUGCUGGAGUACGAGAACAUUUUCGGCAGGUAGAGAGAGACGCUGGAGGACGAGCCUCUUGUUUUUCUCUCUCACUCUCCCAACGCAGAGCUCUUCCUAACCCAGCGUGGCCCUGCCGAACACAGCCUGGAUCGGCUCGGCUCGGCUCAGCUUCUCUUCCUCUCAAAUUGUAGUCACUGGCUUUCUCCUCUCGUACAACCUCCGGACCAAAGCUACGCAAAUGUGUCAUAAACCAAACCAUAGAUGUAUCGAACUAGCGACCAAGAAACAGGUUUGCACUUUUCAGUAUCUCAUGUUCUCCUGCAGCUGCGUUUGUGCCACUUUACUGCAAUAGUUGGCGUCCAAAUGUCCGACACUGGAUUCCUAAUACAGGGCCAUAAACGCCUCGUCUACUGCACAGAGACCAAAGCAUCAGUUGGCUGGAAGUAAGAAG